CCCGCCCCGCGGGGUGAUGCUGCAGCCGCAGCGCAGGGCCGGGGGCGGCCAGGCCGGGAGGGAGGCUGAGGCCGCGCGGGGGGCAGGCGGGACCCCGGCCUCGGAGAGGGAUGCCUCGGCCCCGCACCCACAGGAGUGCCCAGCAGCCGCCCCUAUGAUGAUCCCCCCAGCGAGCAGCACCCCUCCCCCGGGAGAGGCCGUCCUCCCUGCCUGGGGCCCCCAGGACUUCUGGAGGUCCCACGUCUCGGGCUCCGUGAGCCAGCACAUCAGCCACCGGGCCAACAACUUCAAGCGACACCCCAAGAGGAGGAAGUGCAUUCGGCCCUCCCCACCCCCGCCCCCCAACACCCCGUGUCCCAUCGAGCUGGUGGACUUGGGCGACCUGCACCCGCAGCGCUCAUUGAGGGAGCUGCUGUCCAACGGCUGCAUCCUGUUCGGCAUUGAGUUCAGCUACGCCAUGGAGACGGCCUACGUCACACCCGUGCUGCUGCAGAUGGGCCUCCCCGACCAGCUCUACAGCCUGGUCUGGUUCAUCAGCCCUAUCCUCGGCUUCCUGCUGCAGCCUCUGCUGGGUGCCUGGAGUGACCGAUGUACCUCAAGGUUUGGAAGGAGACGCCCUUUCAUUCUUGUCCUGGCGAUAGGGGUGCUGCUGGGCCUCUCGCUCCUGCUCAACGGCAGGGACAUGGGCGCGGCGCUGGCUGACACAGCCACCUCCCACAAGUGGGGGAUCCUCUUCACCGUGUGCGGGGUGGUGCUGAUGGACUUCAGCGCCGACUCGGCGGACAACCCCAGCCACGCCUACAUGAUGGACGUGUGCAGCCCUGCGGACCAGGACCGUGGCCUCAACAUCCACGCGCUCCUGGCAGGUCUUGGCGGUGGCUUUGGCUACGUGGUCGGUGGCAUCCACUGGGACAAGACCAGCUUUGGGAGAGCCCUGGGCGGGCAGCUCCGCGUCAUCUACAUCUUCACGGCUGUCACCCUGAGCAUCACCACCGUCCUGACGCUGGUCAGCAUCCCCGAGAGACCCCUGAGGCCCCACGGGGAGAAGCGGCCGGCCAUGAAGAGCCCCAGUGCGCCGCUACCCCCGUCGCCGCCCAUGCCGGCUGAGGAGAGUGCAGGCGAGCCCGUCCCCUGCCCCGCGGGCCCUGGCCUCUAUGCCAGCUUCUCAGGCCCCGUGUCGCCGCUCAGCCCGCUCACCCCCAAGUACGGCAGCUUUCUCAGCAGGGACAGCUCCCUGACGGGCCUCAGCGAGUUCGCCUCGUCCUUCGGCACGGCCAACCUGGACAGUGUGCUCAUCGACUGCUUCACGGGCAGCUCCGACUCCUACCUGGCUGUGUCCGGCAGCGCCCCCCGACAGCCGCUCAGCGUCAGCUUCCCCCGUACCCCUGACGGCUUCUACCGGACGGACUGUGGCGUGGGGGCCCAGCUGGGGGACGCCCUGACCGCCGGCCCUGAAGGGGACAUUUUAAGGGUGGGGUCAUUGGACACCUCCAAGCCGCGCUCGUCGGGGAUUCUCAAGCGGCCGCAGACCCUGGCCAUCCCCGACGCGGCGGGGGGCGGGGCCCCCGAGACCGGCAGGAGGAGGACCGUGACCUUCAGUCAGCAGGUGGCCAACAUCCUGCUGAACGGAGUGAAGUACGAGAGCGAGUUGACGGGCUCCGGGGGGCCGGCCGAGCAGCCGCUGUCCCUGCGCCACCUCUGCGCCACCAUCUGCAACAUGCCGGCCGCGCUGCGCAGCCUCUGCGUCAACCACUUCCUGGGCUGGCUCUCAUUCGAGGGGAUGCUGCUCUUCUACACGGACUUCAUGGGGGAGGUGGUGUUCCAGGGGGACCCCAAGGCCCCGCACACGUCGGAGGAGUACCAGAAGUACAACAGCGGCGUCACCGCGGGAUGUUGGGGCAUGUGCAUCUACGCCUUCAGCGCCGCCCUCUACUCAGCCAUCCUGGAGAAGUUGGAGGAGCACCUGAGCGUGCGUACCCUGUACUUCAUCGCCUACCUGGCCUUCGGCCUGGGCACCGGGCUGGCCACGCUGUCUCGGAACCUGUAUGUGGUCCUGUCGCUGUGCAGCACCUACGGGGUGCUCUUCUCCACGCUCUGCACGCUGCCCUACUCGCUGCUGUGUGACUACUACCAGAGCCGAAAGUUCGCAGGGUCCGGUGUGGAUGGCACCCGGCGGGGCAUGGGUGUGGACAUCUCCCUGCUCAGCUGCCAGUACUUCCUGGCCCAGAUCCUCGUCUCCCUGGUGCUGGGGCCCCUGACAUCGGCUGUGGGCAGCGCCAACGGCGUGAUGUACUUCUCCAGCCUCGUGUCCUUCCUGGGCUGCCUCUACUCCUCGCUGUUUGUCGUGUACGAAAUCCCGCCCGGCGAGGCUGCUGACGAGGAACACCAGCCCCUCCUGUUGAAUGCGUGACCCGAGUUCCAGCUAGGAUGUAAAUAUGUGAUGACAUAAUAAAUGGCAGCCACAAACCUGG